GUAAAAUGUCUGCUGCGAAAAUUGGCAAGAUUAAAACAAAACACCAUAUAACGACUGAGUUUUGGUGGGGAGAAUUUUCCUAUAGUAGGAUAACAGAAAAAUCUAUGUUACAUGAUGCAUUCAUGAAAGCUUGAAAUUGCAAGAUUGAUCCCAUUGUAGAAAUGCUAUGGGGACAAAGUGGGCCAACAAGGACAUUCAUGCAGAUCCUCAGCCUUCGACCCUUCUUCUAUAAUUAACCAGCCAGCAGCUAUCUUCCCCUUCUCUUUUCAUCUCAUCAAUCCUUGCCAAAACAGCCGACAGUCAUCCCUUUUUCUCAAGAUCGUCGGUGAUCUCCGAUCUGCUCGUCAUGGGUUCCUUCCAUUCUGGUUUCACCAUAUUCGAAUUCUUUCCUUAUUUUCUCCUCAUCUUCGAUCUCGGAUCCAUGGUCAUAGGAGAAAGCUGGAGGCAAGUGAAAGAUGCAACCGAUAUGGGUGAAGCCUGAUCUGCUAAUCGAGGAUGGUGGUGAUGCCUACGUGCAAUGGCGGCGACGGUCGGAAAGCAUUAACUCACCAAUUGUACUUGAACUGGUUAGAGAUCCACGUGCAACCGGGAAUCAGUUCUUGUGUGUGUAAAAGGACUAGGCCACUUUUCUCGCAAAUCAGCCCAAAAACCCUCACCAUCGGGCCUUCUACAGCAGAUGUGAAUUGGAUUGGGUAAGGUUUAGGUACAUUUUGUUCUAGAAUUAGGUUUGGUUUUGGGCAGAAGAAUAGGGUGUCUUUUUUUUCUUUUUCUUUUUUUUUUCUGAAGAGUAUAAAUAAGUCUUUAGAUGAGGGUUUUGUGGGGUUUUUCUAAAAAUCUGGAGUGACUGUUUUGGAAGCUGCGUUUCUGAGUCUAUCUUUGUAAGUAAUUUUAAAAAAAGAGGGUUCUUUUAAGGAAAUGGAGAUUGAUCCCGUCUGUGGGAUCCCUCCCAUCAAAUCCAGAUCUAUUUUUCUUUUA